AUGGCCACGGUCAAGGACGCGGCGACCCAGCGACCAGCGGAGAUCAUUGCCCUCCGCUCCAAGGCGGCACUGGACGACCUGAUGGCCAAGUGUGCGCUGGACCUGCAGCAGGCAUAUCUGGCCUCACGUGAGUGGGGCGUCAGCACUGUCUUGACCAUGCGGGGUCGGGACAAGUUGCGUCGCUUGAGCGACACGACCUUUGCCAUUGCAGUCGUGUCCAUGAUGGGUUUUGGCCUCCAUGAACUCAUCAACGUCAAGCCGACGGACAAGUGCCCGCUCUGCAGCAGCAAGACACCUCAGCCGCGACUGACCCGCGAGCACCUGCUGACCUGCCGUCCCAUCAAGCGUCACAACGCCCUUCGCGACGAGAUGGGCCGCCUGCUCAGGUACGCCACCCUCUCCCAUGUCUGGGUGGAAAAGUCUGGCUACAACGCCAACGGUCAGAGCUGCCGCAUCGACCUGCACUGCCGCAACCCCUUUCCCGGCGGUACCCUGGGCCCAGCUCUGCCCGACCUGGGCAUUGACGUGACUGUGCGCACAGCCCAACCCCCGACCACCUCGCAAGCCUGCAUCAAGGUGGGCGCUGCCCUUCGCCGAGCCGAAAAGGAGAAGCGCGACUACUAA